UCAGACAAGACAGUGAGCUAUAUAAGAGUGCUCUCUCUACGUCUAGAUGGUUUGAAUUCAUUAUCACUAAGUAGAUCUACCAGAUACAAGACAUUCACCAGUCUUCUCUCACUCAUCUACUCUUACAACUCUAUAAUCAGUCAAUAAUAUGUCUUUUACCAUCAUUAAACUCCUCAUCGCUGCACUUGCAGCUAGUGCGACUGCCGCUCCGCAACCAAUCGGUCUUCGACAACCCCGUUCUGCCUCCGGAAUCUCCCCUAUCCCUCCAGCGCCUUCAGUCGACUUCACCAAGCUCCUAACACAACCAACUCUUGUCGAUCGCUUCAAGCAACUUGUCACUCGGGACGGCAAACUUCUUCCUGAGGACGAACUACGUAGCGUCGUUUCUUUCGAUUUUAACACUCCUCUACCUGCACCAGAAGGGAAGGGAGGUGCCGUCAACCUCGCCAAUACCAAGAACUGGCCCAUUCUCGCCGAAUCGGGACUUGCUGUUACUGUUGGCUUCCUCGGUCCUUGUGGCAUCAACACUCCUCAUGUCCAUCCACGAGCUACCGAACUUCUUACCGUCGCCAGUGGUAGUGAGGUAGACUUCGGUUAUAUCCUUGAGAACGGACUUGUCGAUCCCGGUGAAAAAUCGGAAAUCGCUGGCAAACUUGGUCCACUUCAAGCCACUUUGUUUCCUAUGGGUAGCAUCCACUUUGAAGUCAAUCCAACCUGUGAUGAUGCUACUUUCAUUUCUGCCCUCAACAAUGACGAUCCCGGUGUAUCUCAGGUUGCACAGAACUUUUUCGGUUUGGAUGGCGAGACAAUCGAGGCUGUUCUCGGUUUCCCGGAACAAUUCGAUGGAGACCGUAUUGAAGAAUUCCGCAGCAAGAUUCCUGCCAAUGUUGCCCGUGGCAUUGAGCAAUGUUUGGAGCACUGCAAGAUUCCCAAGAGGAAGUAAUGCCACCGUGUGAGAAGAUCUUGAUUUUUGGAGCAUCAUGUCCCUAUUAGCGAGCAUCGUCCCGGCGUUCCAAUUUCGAUGGGU